UUCUGGUUCUUCUUCUUGUAGUAAAAUGUGUUGGAGCAAAAGGCGAUGACAAAGUGAUGGAUCUGGACGUGAAGAAAGCAGGACAGGAAUGAAGACGCGGGUGAAGACAAGGACACACAGGUUGGCCGGAAAGCUGCUAGGUACAAUUCCAGCCGCCAUAUUCCAUGGGAGUCUUUGUGGAAGGCUUUUUAUCUAUGGAAGUGUUAACAUGGUGGAGGUUAGCGCUCACUAACUUUUGAACGUUAAAAGAGUUUUCAUGUGGACGUUAAGUCCUCCGCGUCCACAGAGGAGUCCAGCCAUGGACAGUGACGUAGCGGCACACACCGGGACAGUCUCCACGUGCACGGCCAUGGACACGGAAGAGCACGUACACACCUUCAGCGAGGACACGGUCCCACACAUGGACAGCCUGGACACUUUGGACACUUUGAACAGAGCAGCUCCUCCCGGGGACAAAGUCAUCUUCUCCAGCGCGUCCGGGAUUAGAGACCGAGAUGCCGAGAACCACUUGGAACCCCCACCCACCAACCCGGUCUUGGUACCACCGCUGCAGGGUCCUGCCGGUCACCGGACUACCUCAUUCUCCGUGUUGGACAUUCUGGACCCAAACAAGUUCACCAGUCGGCGACACGACAACCACCGCGGUGAACAAGGCCGGGAGAACCGGAGAGGAUCCACAGGAGGAUGCGAUGCGGGCCUGGAGUCCAAUAGUGACGCUUAUUCACGUGAUUACCACAGUAAAAACUUUGGCUACAGAAGUCCAGACGAGGAUGGCUACAACGAAGCCGGUACCCCAGAAUCGGACGUACCCGACGGUCCCUACAGCAGCGAGGAGAGCAGUUCAGCGCUACACUUUAGCGGGGACAGGGAUGUCAGCCAGCAAAGCCCCCAGGACCCCACCAAAGACUCCAAAAGUCCCAGAAGAGGCCCUGCAGGCCAAAUCAUCGGUGUGCAGCCCAACGGGGGCCACGGUCCACAAGGAAAACCUAAAAGGAAACGCUCAGGCACAGACUCCAAGUCGGGCAAACCCCGCAGAGCUCGUACCGCCUUCACCUACGAGCAGCUGGUGGCGCUGGAGAACAAAUUCAAGUCCACGCGCUACUUGUCUGUUUGUGAGCGGCUUAACCUGGCACUGUCCCUCUCUCUCACGGAGACCCAGGUCAAGAUCUGGUUCCAGAACCGCCGCACCAAGUGGAAGAAACAGAACCCGGGAGCAGACACUUCGGCUCCCACCAGCGCAGGAGGCGCACCAGGCACCGGUGGGAGCAUAGGCGGCACUCUGGGCAGCCUCAGUCCGCUAAGUCCGUCCCCUCCAAUCAGUGGGCAUCUGGCCAUGCACACAGGAUAUACCCCCGCCCACCAUCACCCCCCUGCAGGCAGCCUGGUCCAGCUCCCCUUCCUCACCAGCAGCCAUGUUCUGUCUCCAUUCAUGCUGGGAACACAGAGCUACGCUGCACCUGCCUUCUACAGCUCACACUUGUAGACACGUGAACGCGCACGUGCGCACACUGAGCCAAGUGACUGACGUGUUUCAGCGUACCAAUGAACUGGUUUUUACAGAUAAAGCUUUAAUUUGGACUGAAUGUGAAUAGAAUGUACAUAAUUGGAUUGCUCUUGAAAGUCGGAGCAAAUAUUUCUCAUGUUUGUCCAUCAAGUGUCUGUACGGAAACGUCAAUGUUAGAUAAGACUAACGGAAUGAUCUAUUUAGAAGUACCGUGUUGCUUCA